GAAUCAUGUGAGCCUCGCACCCCUCUCUCUCUCUCCCUCGUUUGUUCGUUCUCUGCGAUUUUGCAGGAUUCCAACACUUCUUUCUCUCUCUCUCUCUCUCUCUCUCUCUCUACAGAGGAACUGGUGAGGGAAAACACGUUCGAUCUGUUUGUUUCUCGAGAAUUUGAGGCAAGAAAACAGAGGACAUGGCAUCGCAGCAGAAAAAUGUUGGAAUUCUCGCUGUGGAAAUCUAUUUCCCUCCUACUUGUGUCCAGCAGGAAGCUUUGGAGGCUCAUGAUGGGGUAAGCAAAGGGAAAUACACAAUUGGACUUGGACAAGAUUGUUUGGCAUUUUGUACCGAGGUGGAAGAUGUCAUCUCCAUGAGUUUGACAGCUGUUACUUCCCUCCUCGAGAAGUAUGGAAUUGAUCCAAAACAAAUUGGUCGGCUGGAAGUAGGCAGUGAGACUGUUAUAGACAAGAGCAAGUCCAUUAAGACUUUCCUUAUGCAAAUCUUUGAGGAAACUGGGAAUACCGACAUUGAAGGCGUUGACUCAACCAAUGCUUGCUAUGGAGGGACUGCAGCUUUAUUAAACUGCGUCAAUUGGGUGGAGAGUAGUUCAUGGGAUGGACGCUAUGGACUUGUGGUGUGCACAGACAGUGCGGUCUAUGCUGAGGGGCCAGCUCGACCUACUGGGGGAGCAGCUGCUAUUGCUAUGCUUAUAGGGCCUGAUGCACCUAUAGCAUUUGAAAGCAAAAUCAGGGGAAGCCAUAUGUCUCAUGUCUAUGAUUUUUACAAGCCCAACCUUGCAAGUGAAUAUCCGGUUGUUGAUGGAAAGCUUUCACAGACUUGUUAUCUUAUGGCAGUUGAUUCUUGCUACAAUCGUCUCUGUAAUAAGUACGAGAAAUUCGAGGGCAAGCAAUUUUCAGUUGAUGAUGCUGACUAUUUUGUGUUUCAUUCUCCAUACAACAAGCUUGUUCAGAAGAGCUUUGCACGGUUGUUGUUCAAUGAUUUCUUGAGGAAUGCAAGCUCUAUAAAUGAGGCUGCUAAAGAAAAGCUAGCUCCAUUUUCAACUCUAACUGGCGAUGAAAGCUACCAAAGCCGUGAUCUCGAGAAGGCAACCCAGCAAGUUGCGAAGGCACUGUAUGAUGCAAAGGUGCAACCGACCACAUUGGUACCAAAGCAAGUUGGCAACAUGUACACUGCAUCUCUCUAUGCAGCAUUUGCAUCGCUUAUUCACAAGAAGCACAGUUCAUUGGUGGGCCAGCGAAUAGUAAUGUUCUCAUAUGGCAGUGGUUUAACUGCCACUAUGUUUUCCUUCCGAGUUCGUGAGUGUCAGCAUCCUUUUAGCUUGUCAAACAUUGCAGCUGUGAUGAAUGUUGACAAGAAGUUGAAGUCAAGGCAUGAGUUCCCACCAGAAAAAUUUGUCGAAACCAUGAAGGUGAUGGAGCAUAGGUAUGGGGCAAAGGACUUCGUGACCAGCAAGGACUGCAGCCUUCUUGCUCCCGGCACCUACUAUCUCACUGAAGUCGACUCUAUGUACCGAAGAUUCUAUGCGAAGAAGGCUUCCACCACUGCUUGCGAGAAUGGAUCACUGACCAAUGGUCACUGAAUAUAGGGUAGUAAGAAAUGUUAUGCCACAAGGUGGUUCCAACUGUUCUUUUGAUGGUGAUGAUAUCAGCAGAUAGAAGAAUAACUCUGCCUCCAAGAGCAUGUUGAUUUAGAAAGUAGUUUUGUAUUUUGGCAGAAAGUGUUGCCAGUUUUAUGUAUAAUGGAAUUCAUUUCCGUGCUCCAAUUGGAUGAUGAAUAUUGUAAUGUUUUUUAGGUUUAAAUGAAAAUUUCAUUGAGAAGAAAAAAA